ACAGCAAAAACUUCAUAAAAUACAGUACUAGGAAAUUGACAGUUCAGCAAACUGAACCAAAGGCCAAAAAAUAUCUGCCGAAACCCGGGAUCGAACCAGGGACCUUUAGAUCUUCAGUCUAACGCUCUCCCAACUGAGCUAUUUCGGCUCUAUAUUGGAGCUUAACCUCAGAACAUCUGAGCCUUUUUUCUUAUUUUAAUCUCAAGUAUUCUUCUUCCUUCUGGGGGUCGUGUGGGUGUAGUGCAAGCUCUUACUAGGGUAUGAAACCUACACUUCGAUUAGUCAACUUUUAACAGCACUUUGCCAAUUUACAGUUUUGUCGCGGGACCCGUAUAUACAACAGGGCAGAAAGUUCCCUUGAGAAUGAGAAGAGAUCGGGGUCUGAUAGUAAGUGCCACUGUACCAAAGAAGCGGGAAACGGGAUUGGCCUGCUAUCAAAAUGGUGCCGCCUCCAGCCAAUGAGAAUUAACUGUUGUUAAAAAAAGCCAAUAAGAAAAGUUUCUUUAAAACACCCAAUUGCAGCGCGAGAUUUGAAAUGCAUGGGCUCUCUUCCAAUAGCGUAAGGGUGGCGUACUUCUCGUCCAAUGGUAACUAAGAUCUUUUGAAACUCCAUUUGCAUUAUCCAGCCUAUAAAUAUAGGGGCGGCGAAUCUCGCCCCAUCAUUCUUUCACUGUUUGUGCUCUUUGGUAGUUGUGACCUGAUUGUUGAAGAUGCCUGAGCCGGCCAAGUCCGCUCCCGCCGCCAAGAAGGGCUCCAAAAAGGCCAUCACCAAGACGCAGAAGAAGGGCGACAAGAAGCGCAAGAAGAGCCGCAAGGAGAGCUACUCCAUCUACGUCUACAAGGUGCUCAAGCAGGUCCACCCGGACACGGGCAUCUCGUCCAAGGCCAUGAGCAUCAUGAACUCCUUCGUCAACGACAUCUUCGAGCGCAUCGCGGCCGAGGCUUCCCGCCUGGCGCACUACAACAAGCGCUCCACCAUCACCUCCCGGGAGAUCCAGACCGCCGUCCGACUCCUGCUGCCCGGAGAGCUGGCCAAGCACGCCGUCUCCGAGGGCACCAAGGCUGUCACCAAGUACACCAGCUCCAAGUGAGCUGGGCGCCCAUUUUUCGGUUGCCUGGGAAAGUGCCACAGAAACCCAAAGGCUCUUUUAAGAGCCACCCACUUUCUCAUUUGA